UAUAAAGGAGGGUGAUAUUGGCACUCCGGCCACACCCUUAUAAAUAGCUUCUUUCCCAUAUAUAAAAGGAUAAUUUCUCAUCCUUUUGAUUACAAUCAGCUGGAUCUGGUGGCCCUUGCUUUAACUGGUACGUACCUUUCAAUAUGCGGCAAACUGGUUUAAUGAAGACGACGGAGAAUUAUACGUUUGAAAGAAAUACAAGUUGAGGAAAUUAAGGAACUAUGGCUAGCAGCUAUAAACUUCCUACUGCCUAAUUUCGAUCCCUUAUAUAUAUGUAUGUAUAUAGUGAUUAUUAGCCUUGUUCAUGAGCAGCAAAUCUAUCCACACAAAAGAAAUCAUAUACAAAAUAUAUUUGUUAUUCAAGUGAAAGGAAGAAGAAGAAGAAAAUGUGGAGGUUAAAGAUUGCAGAGGGUGGGAAUGACCCAUACUUGUACAGCACCAACAACUAUGUAGGGAGACAGAUAUGGGAAUUCGAUCCUGAUGCAGGCACUCCUGAGGAGCGUGCCCAGGUGGAAGAGCUUCAUCAAAAUUUCUACAAGAAUCGCUAUCAGGUCAAGCCCAGCGGUGACCUUCUCUGGCGUAUGCAGUUCCUGAAGGAGAAAAACUUCAAGCCCAAGAUACCAGAGGUCAAAAUAGAAGAGGGCGAGGAGAUAACAUACGACAAGGCAACAUCAGCAAUAAGAAGGGCAGUCCACUUCUGGUCGGCACUGCAGGCUAGCGAUGGGCAUUGGCCAGCAGAGAAUGCGGGGCCCUUGUUCUUCCUUCCUCCAUUAGUAAUGUGUUUAUACAUAACAGGUCACCUGGACACUGUUUUCUCUGCUGAGCGUCGUAAGGAAAUCCUUCGCUACAUCUACUACCAUCAGAAUGAAGAUGGUGGUUGGGGCCUUCACAUCGAGGGUCACAGCAUAAUGUUCUGCACCGCUCUCAGCUACAUUUGUAUGCGCCUUCUCGGCGUUGGACCUGAUGCUGGUCAAGACAAUGCUUGUGCCAGAGCUCGAAAUUGGAUUCGUCGACAUGGUGGAGUCAAAUACAUUCCCUCCUGGGGAAAGACCUGGCUUUCGAUCCUGGGUGUGUAUGACUGGUCUGGAAGCAACCCAAUGCCUCCAGAAUUUUGGAUCCUCCCUUCAUUUCUUCCUAUGCAUCCUGCAAAAAUGUGGUGCUACUGUCGGUUGGUUUACAUGCCCAUGUCUUAUUUAUAUGGAAAGCGGUUUGUUGGCCCCAUUACUCCUCUCAUUCUUCAGUUGAGACAAGAACUCCACGCUGAACCUUACCACCAAAUCAAUUGGAAGAAAGCGCGUCAUCAAUGUGCCCCAGAGGAUCUCUACUAUCCCCAUCCUUUCAUUCAAGAUUUAAUGUGGGACACUCUAUACAUAUUCACUGAGCCUUUUCUUACUCGUUGGCCCUUGAACAAUAUAAUCAGAAAGAAGGCUCUUGAAGUGACCAUGAAGCACAUUCACUACGAAGAUGAAAGCAGUCGUUACAUUGACAUCGGAUGUGUGGAAAAGGUUUUAUGCAUGCUUGCUUGCUGGGUUGAUGAUCCACAGGGUGACUAUUUCAAGAAACACCUUGCUAGGAUCCCCGAUUUCUUUUGGGUUGCUGAAGAUGGAAUGAAAAUACAGAGUUUCGGAAGUCAGCUGUGGGAUACAGCUUUUGCCACUCAGGCCUUAAUUGCUAGUAAUCUUACAGAUGAAAUUGGAGACGUGCUUAAGAGAGGCCAUGACUUCAUAAAGAAAUCUCAGGUCAAGGACAAUCCUUCUGGUGACUUUAAGAGUAUGUACAGGCAUAUUUCUAAGGGAUCGUGGACUUUCUCUGACCGAGAUCAUGGAUGGCAACUUUCCGAUUGCACUGCAGAAGGUUUGAAGUGUUGUCUGCUAUUCUCAAUGAUGCCACCAGAAAUUGUUGGCGAGAAAAUGGAGACCCAAGAGUUGUACGAUGCUGUCGACAACCUACUUUCCCUACAGAGUAAAAAUGGAGGCUUAGCAGCAUGGGAGCCAGUUAGGGGUCGAAAAUGGAUGGAAAUGCUAAAUCCCAUGGAAUUUUUGGCUGACAUUGUAAUUGAGCACGAAUAUGUGGAGUGUACUGCUUCUGCGAUCCACACUUUUGUUUUGUUCAAGAAAUUAUACCCUGGGCAUAGAAAGGAGGAGAUAGAGAAUUUCAUUAGUAAUGCUGUCAGAUACGUGGAAAAUAUACAGACUGUGGAGGGUGGAUGGUAUGGAAAUUGGGGAGUUUGCUUCAUUUAUGGUGCAUGGUUUGCACUGGGAGGCCUAGCAUCUGUUGGCAAGACUUACAAGAAUUGCGCAGCAAUGCGCAAAGGUGUUGAUUUUCUUCUUAAAAUACAAAACGAGAAUGGAGGGUGGGGAGAAAGCUAUCUUUCAUGCCCCGAGAUGAAAUACGUACCUCUGGAAGGAGGCCGAUCCAAUGUGGUACAUACUUCUUGGGCGAUGAUGGGUCUAAUUAGUGCUGGCCAGAUGGACAGAGACCCUACACCCCUUCACCGUGCUGCAAAGCUCAUAAUCAAUUCUCAGUUGGAAGAUGGUGAUUUUCCUCAACAGGAAAUCGCGGGUGUGUUCAAGAAGAACUGCAUGCUACACUACCCAACAUAUAGAAACAGCUUCACACUGAUGGCUCUGGCAGAAUACCGCAAUCGUGUUCUCCUGCCUUCCAAAGCUAUAUAAAUCCAUCGCAUGAGUCUAUAUAUUUUCAUCACAGGAAGCAAGACCAUUGCAAGAGAAUGAAAAGGUUGAAACUUGUAGUUAUGGAUUGAUAACCUGGAAACUAAAGUCCGAUUGAUGAGCUGGAGUUGUUUAUUCUAGAA